AUGCCCUUAAACAGAAGAAAACAUGGAUUGCCAAAAAGGGUCACGUUAGGGAGGAAGGCCCAGCUGAGGGAAAAUCGGAAGAUCCUAGUCGAAAUCGGGAACAGCCUAAAAGGGCAAGAUGUAAAGAAGGCGUUAUCAAACCUGGACGACCUGAUGGAAGCAUACGCAAGGGAUACCAAGUUAUCGAGGAACAUGAGCACUGUAUGUGGGAAUGUCCUGAAUUUGUGUAGCAAGUAUAAUGACAUUAACAGCAUGAUAAAUGUGAUCGAGAAAAUGAAGAGACACAACAUAGAGAUGCAGGAAAAUUGCUUCCUUGCUAUUUGCAAUUAUUAUAUUACGAACAAUUACAUAUACGAGUACCUACUCACCAUCAAUAAAAUGAUACAGAAGAAUAUCCCCAUCCGUGAGAGGUUCUACAGGUACAUCCUCGUGCACGUCCUGGACCUCCCCCUCGGUGGAGUACACGGUGUAAGCAGCGCUUCAAACAAAACAGAACAAGCUAUAUAUCACUCUACACAUAUAAACAACAAAAGGUGCAACUUAAUAAAAAAUAUCGAUUACAGCAACUUUGAAAAACAUAUAAGACAGCUAGCUAAAUACAACAUCCCACAUCUGAGCGAGGAGGAUAAAAAAUACAUCCUAAAUAAUUACCUGCUAAUUGAUAUUUUUAGACAUAUGAACGACAACAGGGUAAAGAUCAAACUGCUUUAUAUUUUGAAGCUCAUUCAUUACGUGUACGAAAAUUUGCAGCACUUGAUUCGGAAGAGCCAGCACUCUGCGGGAGGGGCCAGCGAGGCGCCCAGAGAAGCGGCCAAGGAAGCGGCCAAGGGAGCGGCACACAAAUCGCGUAUCAAAUCGCGUAUCGAAUCGCCUAGCCAAACGGCAGACAAACCGCGUAUCAAAUCGCCUAGCCAAACGGCGGACAAACCUCGUAUCGAAUCGCCGGGCGAACCUGCCGCCGUGCAGGAGACCAAGGCGAAGCUGCUGAGUGACGUCCUGACGGACCAACUGAGGGACAUCCUGGAGCUCUACAAAAUGAACUACGAGUCGAUGAGCAUUAACAUUAAAAAGUACGACGAUCAAGCGGACGAGGAGGAAAAACGAACCCUCUUCUAUCAAGUGAACAAAAUCGUGAAGAAGCUCCCCUUUAUAAAACUAACAGAGAAUGUAAAAAACACGUUUAACUGUAAAAACUGCGAAGAAAAUAUCAACACGUACUUCUUGUCCCUUAAGCAUACCAUUAUCGUUAUUGUUAAUAUCAUCCUCAUUACUCACCUAUUCAACAGUAAAGAGAUUUUUAAAAUAAAGCAUUUUUUUUCCAUCCUGAAUGGGGGGGCUAGUGGGGUGGACGCGGCCCGUGAAGGGGGAAGCUCCAAGGAGACCAAAGUGAAUGAAGGGGGGUUGGACGGUGCCCCUGAAGGAGGAAGCUCCAAAGAGACCAAAAUGAAUGAGGAGAGGAUGAACGCAAGUGUCACCAACCCUGAUGAGCAUCACAGCAGUAUGCCCAACUCGGCAGAGACACCCCAAGGAGCAGAAGGAACGUCCCUCCCGGAUGCACGAAGCACAAACAAGUUGUUCGAAAGGGGAACAUACACAUGCCUCCUAGACGGAGCGAACAUCGGAUAUAACAAGCAGAAUGUGGAGAAUGGCCGCUUCAGUUUUUUGCAAAUAGAAAUUCUGAAGGAAAUUAUAAAAAAGAGAAACAAGGAAACUCCCCUUAUUAUCCUUCCCAAAAUAUAUCACUACAAAAAUUCACUGAAGCACCUGCAGCAGUGCGAGUCAGAAAAUGAGGGCCAAACGAAUUCGAACAUUUUUAUUCCAAACAAAACGAUUAAAGUGAAGAAGGGCAGCUCGUUGCCUCGCAGGGGAGGUGCGGAGGAAGCGGGAGAGCGCAGUGAGGAAGAGGCACUGGGGAGUGAGGAAGCGGGAGAGCGAAGUGAUGAAGAGGCAUUGCACAGUGAGGAAUCUUUACGGGAUGGAGAUGCCUCGCGACGUCUCGGUGAUGAAGCAGAUCGGCGGGGAGCCCACCCACUGUCCUACAUCAGACGGAUGUUCAAUAAACUGGACCCCACAGACGUAGAAAUUAUAAAAAAAUGGGAAAGCGAAAAAUGCCUCUAUAUAUGCAACUACAACAUGUACGACGAUUACUACUACAUCUUGGGGAGCUUAGCCAGGAGUAACAACCUAUUCAAUAUCUACACAUAUGUGGAUCGACUAGCCAAGCAUUUCCAUAAGUACCAAAAUCUUAACCAUAAUAUCAUCAUAGAUAAUUACACACGAUAUGGAGAGAAGGAGACAUACAAUGGAAGGGAAAUCCUGCACGUUUAUAAUAACAUUAUUUUUGAUAGAAAUAAUCACAUAAUGGUUCUCGUAAGCAAUGAAAAUAUGAAUAAAGAAAAAAAAUAUAUCUCCAUGAAUGAGCAGUAUUAUAAUGACCAGAUAAAAAAAAGGAAGUAUUCCCAUGUGACUUUUUUCGAGCAAUAUAAAAAUAAAUUAACUUUUCGGGAUAAGGACAGCGUACCCUACUCCGAUGAGAAUGUCUUCAUGGAGACAUAUGUGUGUGAUUCUCAUGGGGAAAAUCCCCCCAUCUGUGUUGGUGAGGAGGAGUCCACGUCCCAUAGUGGUUCUUCCCCCGUGAGAAGCAAACCUAAGAAGAAGGAAGUGCACCCCGAGGAGGGGAGCACCACAUACCAGCGACAAGAAGAACGCGCGAUCGAGCAAGAAAAAAAUGCGACCUAUGGAGAAAAAAAUGCGACCGAUGGAGAGGAACGCGCGACCGAUGGAGAAAAACGCGCGACCGAUGGAGAAAAACGUGAGUGCGAGCAAGUGGAAGGAAACAAAUUCUACUACAGCAACAUCUAUGUGAAAUGCAUCAAAGACCCAAUAUUUAUGUCCGAUCUGUUAAGUCAAUCACAAUACAACUCGAUAGACCUCUCGAAGUUAAUAAGUACGUACAAGCUACCCUUUGUAAAUUUAGAGAAUCCGAAGCUGUACAUUGAUGAUAUCGUGUCGUAUAGGGACAAAGGCAUUUAUCAUAUUAAGAUUAAUACGCCUAGUAAAACGUUUCUCUCGUACCAGAAUGAAAACCUGCCCUUUUUUCAGAGCGGCAACAACGUCGUCAGGUAUCUCUGCAUCGAUUUUUCGAAGGUGUACAGACGGGGGUCCUAG